UCCGGGUUCCAGAGUUUUGGCGAUGGGCACUAUAUUAAAUAUUGUACAACUCAUCGCUGCCCUUCGCAAAUGCUCUCCAUUCGUUAUUUCGUGGAAAAAAAAUGAGGGCGGAACGUGUUUCACUAAAGCAGUAUCCGGGGUAAUGAACAAUUUGAUGAAAUUUACAACUGCUUUAGAAAGUAUUUCGAAUAGCGCUUUGGCUGCAGCCGUUGUUGGCGAAAUCCAGGAAAUGCAGUAUUUGCUUGUAUGCCCAAAAUGCAGGCAUUUACCGUCCUUUAGUCAAAACUUGGUUAGUUGGUUAUUGAUAAUGGCCACACGUAAUACCACACGUCACUUUUUGUGGCAUUUUUGUGCAGAGCCACACCGUCAAUAUUGCACUUCAAUUUGA